AUGACGAGGUGCGAAGCGGUAACCCUGAUCAAUAGGAACCAAAUCAUGGAGUGGUUCCAAUCCUUUUUGCCUGAAGAACAGAACGAAUGUUUGGAUGGGAUUCGACAGGAGACGGGUGAAACUUUGAAAUCAGUUGAUCAAUAGCGCGAUGAUUUAUCAAGAAAAAAGGCCAAAACGCUUCAAAAAACGGCCCAGAAAUUGUUCAGUAAGCGGUCGGAGACUUCUGAUUCACCCUGUUGCCUUAUUAGAUUGAUGGGGGAAUGAGAAGCUCUUUCUGCACAGCUUCGUUUUAGGCAGAGAUUUCUCCGUUCGUCUUCAAACUCCCUAAAUUUUCGCUUUCCAAAUAAUCCUUCGAAUUGUCACUCUUUUUCUGUGAGCAAAACAAGGGAGACUGGCGGGAGUGUUAUCGGUGAGCCAAGGUCAGCUGACGGACUCCUCACCCCAAUCCUUAUCAUUCGUUAUCAGAAGAUUGUUUUCGAGCCGACUGGCCAGUUGGGCUCAGAACUUUGGCUCGUCGAGUCGUCCAUUUCUGUCUCAAUGAAACAUUUAUUGCUAUUAACCUUGCUUUUUAUUGGAGCUUCAGCCGUUCUACGCCCUUCUCGACCUUACAGAAAGUUUUUCCGCGUUGCUAGGUUUAUCAUUUUUUUCAAAAGUAAAGUGGCCCCUUGAUGGAAAACCUUAGCGGACCUUGAAGAUUUACAAAGGGGUCACUAAAGCUUGCAGAGGUGGUCGCUCUAGGCUUCUAAUUAGUAGUCAUGCUAUAUGAUAAUUUUUUUUACCGUUUUUCUAAUCAGAAAAAAAAAUAAACUAACAUUUAAUCGAUUUUUCCACUAUAUUUUUUCCACUAUAUUUUUCCGAAUUUUCCAGCGAGCCCGGAGAUGAAGGAGAAACCUACGCUGUUCUCGUAGCCGGCUCCAACGGCUGGUAUAAUUACCGGCAUCAGGUGAGCUUUCAGGAGAAUUCGAAGAGAAAACACCUUUAUCACACAAUUUCCGGUUUCAGGCGGAUGUCGGGCAUGCCUAUCAAACUCUCAUAGCCCACGGAAUUCCCGCUGAAAACAUCAUCACAAUGAUGUACGACGACGUCGCUCACAGUGAAAAGUGCUCCAUUGACAAAAUAAUUGAAAAUUAAAAUAUUUUUUUUAGCAACCCAUACAAAGGGAAACUGUACAAUCGCCCUCAUGGAAAGGACGUCUAUAAAGGAAUUAAGAUUGACUACAAGGUAUGAAUAAUUAAUUUCAGAAAUUGUAGUGGAAACUUUAUAACUUUGCAUCAAAAAAAUUUAAUUUUUAGAAGGAACUUCAAAAAAAUAUUCUUUUUUUAACUUUUCUUAACCCUAAAAAAAGGAGAACCGUUUUGGUACUUUUUUUAAACACUUCAAAUUCAAUUUUUUUUCAAUGAUUCUUAGCUUUCAAAUUUGUAUUCCGAGCCAUUUCAGGGAGAUGAUGUGACUCCUCAUAAUUUCCUGAAGGUUAUCACUGGAAAUGAGACUUCCGCUCAUAAGAAACCAGUUUUGAAAACGUAAUUUUUUAAAUGUUAAUAGAAAUUUGAGAUAAGAAAAAUUUUAGCACCUCGAAGGACCGAAUUUUCAUUUAUUUCACUGAUCAUGGCGCCGUGGGACUCGUCUCGUUCCCUAAUGAAAUCGUACGUUUUUUUUUGGUUUUCAGAAUUCAUGUACAAAAAAUACAUCUACGGUUAUUUUUACAAUUACUAACUUAAAUCACUAUAUAAGAAUAGAAGCUCUUUGAAAAGUUAUUUCAUCGUUGGCUUAUAGUCUGUUUACCACGGCUUAAAAUUUCACCAAACGACAUUCCGCUGCUCCGCUGUGCGCUUUUGCGAACCUUGGUCGCGUUUUUAAUUUUUUUUUUUCUUUUAUCAAGGUACUCUACUUUCAUGUACUCCAACAGAAAUAACAAUCAAUGGAAUGCGUGGCCUAUAUUCAAAAGACGCUUCGCGAACGCGUGCAGCGGAACAGCGGAAAGCCGUUCGGUGAAAUUUCAAGUCGUGGAACACAGACUAUAUCAGCAGCGGACACUCGAAAACUGCGGAGGAUAUAAAAAAAAUUUCCUUUUCAGCUGACGGUCUCUAAAUUGAUCCGCACUUUGGAAUCGAUGCACAAAGAUAAGAAAUAUUCCCAGUUGGUCUUUUAUUUGGAAGCUUGCGAGAGCGGAAGCAUGUUCGAGUCCGUUCUCCGCAACGAUCUCGACAGUUUGUUUUUUUUUUUUGGAAUUUCAUAAAGGGAUGUUAAAAAAUAAAAGAAAAGUUUCCAUUUUUUUUAUGAAUAAGUGAUUCGCUAUUCGUUACUUUCCGAUAUGGACUUUAUUUUAACUUGUUUCAUUUUUAGUUUACGCCAUAACUGCUGCGAAUAACCACGAAAGCUCCUGGGGAACUUAUUGUGAAAACGACAUGAAACUUCCUUGUUUGGGCGACUUGUUCAGUGUCAACUGGCUGGACGAUAGUGAUUCGGUAGGUUUAUAAGCAGUAAUCAAAGAUUCGUUUUGAAACUUUUGAAAGGAGUUCAUCGGAAAAUUUUGAAAAUUCACUCAAAAAACCUAAAGUCAGUUUUUUGGUUCUUCAGCGGCUGCGGAGACCUCCUAUAUUUUCUCGAUCCAAAAGAGCGACUUCCAGAAAAUUAUCAAAAAAAUUUUUUCAUAUGUUUAGGAGGACCUCGCAAGCGAAACCCUCGAAUAUCAGUACGAAUUGGUGAAAAAGAAGACGAAUCUUUCUCACGUCAUGCACUAUGGCGACUUGAGCAUCGCCAGCGAGGUCGUCGGUUUGUUCCAGGGCGAGAAAACUCUUGAACACAGGCUCCGGAGACCCAAAUCUUUGGUAUUGAGAGGGGUUUCGAAAAGCCUAGAAAGAUUCGCUUCAGGACCCGUCUCGCGCCGUCAAUUGGCCUUCCAGAGACAUUGAGCUGAAUCAUUUGAAAUCGCAGUACUCCCGGGUUAACGGUGUCUAUGAGAAGAGUAAAAUUGCGCGUCGUGUUCAACAGAUUUACAGGGUUUGUUGGGGUACCGUAGUUUCCUAGUUUUGAGAGAAAGAGUCCAAAAAAUGAACUUUUGAAACGCAAAGCGUUUUUCAGAACCGCAGAGUUUCCAAAGAACUGUUCCACGAAUUGGUCGACUUUUAUAUCGAUUCCCCGGACACGAGGUCGCCUUUCAAAAAUUGACCUUUAAGGAGAAAAAUAUUUCAGAAGAAGAAUGUUCCAGAAUCGAAGGUCCGUUUUGGACAUGGACUGUCAUCACAACGUCGUCCACCAAUUUGAAGCUUCCUGUUUGCGUUUUGCUGAGGUAAUUUGCUUCUAUACCUCAUAUGAUUUAAUUUUUAUUGUUAUUUGGUAUUUUUUUCGCGAAGCAUAGAAAAACAAGGAUUUUGAACAGUUCAGAGGAAAAUAUAGCAGCAGAGAAAAGGUUUUAAUUUUGAGCAAAAUUUUUAACGCCCUUUGAAAAGCUAAUUUGCUUGGAUUCGAAAAUUAUUCAGAGGUCAUAUUUUUAUCCGAUGUUCAAACUCCAAAAGACGUUAGCAUGAUAUGAUUAUUUGUUUUGGGGGAAACUGAUAACAGGAUAAUUUUGAAGAGGCCAAGAUUGAUGGUCAUUGAGUGAAGAACUUUGAUGGAGAUAGCUUAGGAAAGAGUUAGAGUGGGCCCUAAAGAGGUAAGCACCUCAAGGUUACCUUCAAAAAUUAGCCCCUUAUCUUUUCUUACAGCGGGCUUUAAAGCUUGAAAAAAUUACCACGUGAGGGUUUUUAUUUAUGGCCACUCGAGAGGAACAUGCUGGUAGUCAUAUAGCCUAUUCAGAUCUUUAAUGUCAAGUGCGAUGACAUCAUUCAAAAACACUCUGUGGAUGGCUCGCUCUCUGAUUGGUUUAUCGCAUCAUUAGGGGCGGAGCUUGAGCGACGACUUGACAUUCAAAAUCUGAACAGACUAUAGAUGAGCAAUACAUAAAACUUAUCGGAAAAAAAUUUGAAAUAAAUCAAUAGGGCCCUUUAGGAGCCUGGAGCCAUACCCUGAUCGUCUAAAAGGACCACCUGAAAUUUAUCUAUCCAAAACGGCCUAAAAAUUCCUAUUUCAGGUCCCAGAAUCAAUGAAAUACGUUAAUGUGCUGAAUAACUUGUGCAUCGAACUUGGCCAGGAGGAGAUUCUGGGAAACCGGAAACUCAGCUUGUUCUGUCGCGACUUCGAUGUCGAUGCCGCUUUGAUGAACCGCCGGAACAAAGAUUUGGUCGUCGAAGAAGACGAUGACGAUGAAGGAGAAUCUCCAGAACUCGAAGACGAUGAAUAA